UCCGUUGAUAAAUCUUUGUGUUUUUUGGGCGAAUUAGCUCGUUAUUUUAAACCACGAAUCAACAUUAAUUAAUUAACGAGGCGCUUAAUCCAAGACGUGCUGGUCAAUUUUUCAUUGAAAAAUUAGAGCUUGCGCGUUUUUAAACUUGUACGCUCAAUAUUAUUUUUAUCAGUGUCGUGAGUACACAUGUUUAUUUUGGGUAUUUAUAAAGUUGGAGAUUUUCUGUACAAACAUUAUUAGUGGACGUGGAAAUUCGGAGAUAAAAGUUCCAUUGUACCAGAUGAAGAAAAUACGAGGGCGUUCUGGAAAUGCAACCAGGAUCACCGCAAAGAAGAAAGAAAUGAAGAACUGAAGAGCGCCAUCCUCCAAAAGUGAACUUCCAAUUGCUCCGCAGCUUCCAAGCAACAAGCACAAAUUUUGCGAGGGACCCUCGACUUUCCAGUGAUUAAAUGUUGAAGUUUUACCAGAGGAUAUAUUGUUGAUGGACGUUUUUUGAGCCUUUUUCGACGAUUCGGGGUAUUUGUUAUACAUGGUGUCUGAGAGGACGCUCGCGGAGGAGAUGGCUGCCAUACAGGACGCGGCUUCUUCGCACAGCGGAGUGAGUGAGUUUUAUAGCGGAAAGACCGUCUUCAUCACCGGCGGCACCGGGUUCAUGGGCAAAGUGCUCCUGGAGAAGCUGCUCAGGUCGUGUCCGGGGGUCGCCAAAAUCUACCUGCUGAUCAGGCCCAAGAAAGGACAGGAUGCGCACGAAAGGCUGAAACUGCUUCUGUGUUCACCGCUCUUCGAUCCAAUAAGGAAGAGUCGGCCGACCGAUUUGCACAAGGUGCUGCCAAUCGAAGGUGACAUCACUCAACCAGAAUUGGCAAUAAGUCCCAACGACAGGUUAACGUUGGCUCGCACAGUCAACAUUGUGUUCCAUAGCGCCGCUACAAUUAAAUUCGACGAAAAACUCAAACUAUCGGUUACGAUCAACAUGUUGGGGACUCAGAGGUUGGUCGAAUUGUGCAAGAGGAUGACCAACUUAGAAGCUUUAGUGCACGUUUCCACAGCUUACUGCAACUGCGACCGUAGCGAUGUAAAAGAAGUCAUCUAUCCGCCACCUGUAGGUCCCGAUCAAGUAACAUCGUUAGUCGAUUGUCUCGAAGAAAGCUUACUAGAUUCUCUAACAACAAAAUUAGUAGGAAACAGACCCAACACGUAUACUUUCACAAAAGCGUUAGCCGAAUGUUGGUUAAAAGAGAACAAAGGCGACUUACCAUUGGUCAUAGUCAGACCUAGUAUCGUACUGUGUAGUUUUAGUGGACCUAUGAAAGGAUGGGUAGACAAUUGGAACGGCCCGACUGGAAUCAUAGCUGCUGCCGGUAAAGGUCUGUUCAGAACAAUGCUAUGCGACCCGGAGAAAGUCGCGGACCUGGUGCCCGUCGAUAUGGUAAUUAACUUGAUGUUAGUGUCAGCCUGGAAUAUCGGCACGACAAAGAGCAAAGACAUGCCUAUACCAGUAUACAAUUGUAGUACAGGUCAACGAAAACCCAUAACGUGGAGCAACUUCGUCGGUUUGUGUUUCAAGUACAUGCGGAAACAUCCGUUCUCGGAAGUCACGUGGUACCCCGACGGAACCGUAACCGCCUCCAGGAGCCUGAAUAUUUUCAAUAAGUAUUUGUUACACUGGUUGCCUGCGUAUAUUUUAGACAGUUUGGUGUGGAUAACAGGCGGCAAACCGAUAAUGGUGCGAAUUCAAGACAAGUUGAGCAAAGCCGCCACUUGCCUCGAGUAUUUCACGACGAACGAAUGGCGCUUCGACGACGAGAACGUGCGCACGCUGAACCUCACCCUCAGCGAGAAGGACCGGGAGGAGUUCAGCUUCGACGUGGCGAAGAUCGACUGGGAGCAGUACGUGGAGGACUACGUCUUGGGGAUUCGUCGGUUUAUUUUCAAGGAGGACGUGGCUUCCAUCCCCAAGGCUCGCAAGCAGGUGUCCAGGUUGUACUGGGUGUACCGGUGUCUGCAGGUCGUUUCCGUGAUGUGCAUGUGGCAUUUCCUUACGUUACGUUACGCCCCGUUGCGGCAGCUGUGGGGGAACGCCCUCAGACUGCUCAUACACUUAGCCAGAAUGCUGCCAUUUGUAUAGAUAAUCAUUAGGUAGGUGAGGUUUGUGAGGCUGCCGCUCUUCUUUUUCGCGUUCGGUUUUUAUUAUGUGUUAUUCUGUGUCGUGAGUGUACAUUGUAGAUAAUUGUAUGUUAUGUAAGUGGAAAAGAAAAGCGGCGCCAUCUUUGACAUGUUCACUGGUUUUUUCCGCUUUUUUUAUUUUCGACCGUGAUCGCUAGUUUGUACCGAGGUUACGCUCAUUCCAGCCGUGUAAGUGAAAUGGUUUUUAUGGAUUUUUACGAGGAAUUUUAAUUUUUUCGAGUGGUGUCGGGCUGAUUGGAGAAAAAUUAAAAUUCUUCCCAACAUUAAGUGAAAAUGUUGUUUUUUUUCUUUACACACCCACCCACACACACACACACACAAAACAUGGAAGGUCAGCUUCAAGUAUUUAUUGAUACAAAUAAUUUAUUUGUUAUUUUUACCAUUGUACUAGUCUUAUAGCUGAUUAAAGGGAUCGCUUUGUUAAACAAAUUAUUUAUUUAUGUGGUUUGAAAUUACUGGAUUUACGAGUUCAGACAACUUACCAAAAAUUACAACUUUAUUUAGAUAUAUAGAGAAGUAGGAAAUUGUACGACUUGGCGUUCGUUUGCUUGUUUUUCCACUGGAAUUGUUUUUACAUGAUAUAAUUGUAAUUGUUAAUUUUUAUUAUAAAAUACAAAAUCUCUGUUUAAGCGAAUUGAAUUAAAAUAAUAGAUAUUGUUUA